GUCAUGUGUAUAUAUAUAGUCUGCAGUUUGCACUUUAGAUCCCUCACACAUGAUACCAAUAAAUAAACAUUUAAAAAAAGAAGAAGAAGAACUGCGAUAUGAACACAAUACAAUACAAUCUCAUACACAUAUUUACAUCCGACCCAUUCGGUAUAAAAUAUUAAGCAAUCAUAGCCAGAUCUGAAAAAAAUGUACACCAACCCCAACCACCAGCUCCGCCUAGUCCUCUCAUGCCGCAAGCUGACAGCACAGGUGACUCAACCCACCACCGCCUCCAUCAUCGCCAUGGCUUCCUCUUCAGAGCAAGAGUUUGUCCCACUCUACCGCGCCAGACUCAACCGCUUCCCACGCCAUAACCGCCUCUGGGACUCCAGAACCGCCGCCCGCGUCGGCGACAAGCUCGCCCUCCGCCUCCAGGACAUCCGUGUCUCCGCCGUGUCCAUCGAUCUACAGGAAGAGCUCUCUCGCCCUCUACACCUCCGCCAGUUGGUGCUUCCGUUGUUUGAUUCCGUGCGCCGCGCAGGUGUCCUGGUUCAUGGAGCUGAGAAGUUGUAGGUCGGUGCUGAUGUCCAGUAUUAGGAAUGGACGGUCAGGAUUUUAAGGGAGACUAAUUGUCUCUAGAAAUUUUUUUUUUUGCAUUUUUAUUUAUUUUUUGUUUUCAGGAGUUUGUAGAAACAUAGCAACUUGUAAUAAUAAUCCUUAUUUUAUAUAUAUAUAUAUAUAUAUAGUUUGACUUU